AUGUCAGAAACAAACCACACACCCCAGGACCUCUGCGACGCCCUCCUCUCCACGAUAGAAAACGACAUCAUCCCCCUCACCCGCACCGCUGUCGCGUCUGGAUCAAAAGUCUUUGGCGCCGCCAUCCUCGACAUCCGCACCCUCCAGGUCCUCACCGUGGCCACGAACGACGAGCGCGCAUCUCCCCUCCUCCACGGCGAGGUCAACUGCAUCCAGAAAUUCUUUACGGAAUCGUUUCCUCUCCCUUCCGCUUCCGCUUCCGCUUCCACUUCUUCUUCCACUCCUUCUUCCUCUACCUCAGUCUCAGCCGCCACUCCAUCCUCCUCGCCGACGUCCGUGCCCGGCCGUCCCUCCCCAUCGGCAGACUGCAUCUUCCUCGCCACCCACGAGCCGUGCAGUCUGUGUCUCAGCGCCAUCGCAUGGUCCGGCUUCACCCGCGUCUACCACCUGUUCACCCACGACGACAGCAGACGCCUCUUUGCCAUCCCGCACGACAUCGACAUCCUCCAGCAGGUCUUCCGCGUCAGGUCCGAGGCCUCGUCCGAGACGGAAGACCAGCUGGCCCGCAGGCCGCUGUACAAUCGUCGCAACCGCUUCUUCACGGCCAUGUCCAUCGAUGAGCUUGCCGCUACCGCGGCCGCUACCGCCCCUCCCGCUCGCACCUCCACUCCCACUGCUACUUCCGCCGCCCCUGACGGAUUGACCACCCGCAUCAACGCCAUCAAGCAGAUGUACAGCUCUCUUGACAGGACGUACCAAGAUGCAAAGGCCAGUGGCGUUGCUACGUCCAGCAUCUGGAAAUAG